AGUAAAAUCAAAAUCAAUAAUGUGUGUAUAAAGUGAGAGAAGCAUUUAGGUGGGGUAUGGUUAGUUUAACAAGCUCAUAAAUCCCCUUUGUUUCUGCGUUUUGUAAUCUCUAUGAUUUUGAGAUUUGGGCUAUGAAAAAAAAAUAAAAAUUAAUGAGGGCUGCAAACCAAUAUUUCCAAUCGUUCGAAUCGGGUUGUUAAUUGGUCUGAAACGGUUCGGGGUUGAACAUCAUCCGAUCCAGAUGAGGCUAGCGGGUUGGCGACCCGAUCCGGAAACUGGUUCAAGUCCAAGUCCAAGUCAAAGUGGAAGUCCAGGAACGCAGUGCAUCGCAAUUCUACAUUAGUAAAGUUUGGUGCGUACUGCGUGCGUUGGUUGCAGGAGUCCACACGUUCCCCAAUCUCCACACGGUUCAAGUGGAACAAAGCACCACGACUCCUCCCCCUCCUUCUCCCACAGUAAACGGUCCACCCGCUCUGACUGUUCCUCCCUGCAGUUGCAUCCACGCCUCUCAUUCUCUCUCUCUCGCUCUCGAUAGCUUCGCCUUUUCUCCAUUCUGGUGUGUCAGACAUCAGACCUCCUCGCUUUUCCUUCCCUCCAAGCAACCCUAGCUUUUCCAUCCCUUCGUUCACGCCAUAGCACCAUCUUCCAAGCUGUCUCUCUCCUUCGUCUUCUUCUUAUUCAUGCGUUCAAGGGCUGUACUGGACCCGAUCGAAUCUAUCCCGGUUUUAGCCCGGGAGGUGUGAAUUAAUCAGAAGCCGAGCACAAAUGCAUCCCCCCGCCGCCGACGCGCCGCCAUCAUCGCCGCUGAAAGCACUUGAGCUCAUCAACCACCUUCUCUCUCUUCUCCUCCUCGCCUCCCUCUCCGUCAAGUCGUUCGUCGGGCGGUGGCAGCUUCUCCGGUCCAAACUCUCCGAGCUCAAGUCUUCGGUUGCCGAAAUCUCCGACUCUCCGCACUGGUCUGAAAACCCCCUUAUCCAAACCCUCUUCCCAAAUAUUCUCUCCACUCUCUGCCGGCUCAAAGCCCUCUCCGAGCACUGCUCAGAUUCCUCUUAUAAUGGCGGCAAGCUCCUCAUGCAGAGCGACCUCGAUAUGGCCUCCACUUCGCUCUCCAAACAGCUUCAGGACAUCGAUCUUUUGCUAAGAUCGGGGGUGUUACUCCACUCCAAUGCGAUUGUUCUGUCUCAGCCUGGUCCGGGUUCGGACAAAGAAGAUUUAGGUUUUUUCAUUCGGGACCUCUUCACCAGAUUACAGAUCGGAGGAAUCGAAUUCAAGAGGAAGGCAUUAGAAGCGCUGCUCCAGCUUCUCCGCGAGGACGAAAAGCGUGCUGGUUUGGUUUCAAAUGAGGGUAAUGUUGCGUAUUUGAUUCAUUUGCUAGAUAUAAACAACGAUCCCUGUAUCCGAGAGCAAGCUGCUCUGGCCAUUUCGAUUCUCGCCACCGCCAGCGAUUCGUCUAGGAAAAGCGUGUUCGAGGAAGGUGGAUUGGGCCUUCUGUUGCGAAUCCUCGAGUCUGGAUCCUCCGGCCUCAAGGAGAAAGCGGCGGUCGCCAUCGAAGCCAUCACCGCCGAUCCCGAAAACGUAUGGGCCGUUUCAGCGUACGGAGGCGUCUUGAUACUUAUCGAAGCAUGCAGAUCCGGAUCACUGGCAACGCAAGCACACGCCGCCGGCGCGAUCAAGAACAUCGCCGUGGUGGAAGAUAUCAGUUUCGCAUUGGCGGAGGAAGGGGCCGUCCCAGUUCUACUCCACAUACUGGUAUCGGGCACCACCGCUGCUCAGGAAAAAGCGGCAAAUUGUGUCGCAAUGCUCGUCUCCUAUAGCGAGUAUUUCCGAGCAUUAGUGCUUCAAGAAAGGGGUUUACACAAGCUGUUGCUGUUGUUUCAAGAGUCUUCAAAUUCAGAUACAGUAGAACAUGUUCUUCGAGCAAUCACAUCCCUUUCGGCUUCAGAUUCCACCAACAGAACCCUAUCUUCUUCGACGGCGUUCAUUGUGCAGCUCGCCGAAGUGAUAAAGAACGGAAAUAUAGUCUUACAGCAAAUUUCCGCCUCUCUCCUGGCUCAUCUAUCGAUCAGCGAUGGAAACAAAAGAGCAAUUGCGGGGUGUAUGGGAUCACUGGUGAAGCUAAUGGAGUUACCGAAGCCGGUAGGGUUGCAAGAGGCUGCGGCGGAAGCUCUGGUAUCGCUAUUAACAGUCCGAUCAAAUCGGAAGGAGUUUGUAAGAGAGGAGAAGAGCGUGAUGAAAUUGGUUCAGAUGCUAGACCCUAAGAAGGAAGAGGCGUGCAAGAAGUUCCCCGUCGCAGUAGUGGGCGGGAUACUCGCCAGAGGAAGUCCUGGGUGCCGGAAGAGGCUAUUAGCCGCCGGAGCUCAACCGCAUAUACAGAGACUGGCGGAAAUGGACGUGGCGGGAGCGAAGAAGGCGUCGCAGAGACUGGCCGGAAACAGGCUGAAGAGUAUGUUCAGCAGGACAUGGAGGGAAUAAUGAGGAAAGUAACUAACCCCCGCCAACAAGAGGAGUCCAAUUGGAUAUAUAUUCUAACAGAGGAAAGAUGACGGAAGAGUCGGGACAACCGACCAACCAGCGAAAGAGGCACAUACCUGGUAUACUUUUUAUUUUCACUUUUUGAUUUAUAUAUAUAUAUAUAUAUAUAUAAUCUAGUAAGUAGUAGUAGCAGUAGGUAGAGGUAGUGUUAUAUGACCAAAGCAUGGAUGCGGUUUUUUAGGGAGUGUCCUGGUUUAUCUUUUUUUUUUUUUAAUCAUCAAUUGAUGUGUUGGAGGUGAGGUCUAAGAGUUGGAUGAAGUUUGUGUUGAUUUUUCUUAUUUAUUUGUAUAUCCCUCUCAGGAGUAAAACCUGGAAGAGUGUAAUUUUGUUUUUGGUACAAA